AUGACUGAUAAAGAAACAUCCACAAACAACAACAAGAAUGGGAAUAGCGCUGAACCUGCUUCACUUCAGGAUCAGAUCAAUCAGUUGAAGGCUCAGCUAAGCAAGCAAAGGAAAGUCCUUACACAAACAGCGGAACAGCUAUUGAGCUUACAACUUCAACAAUCUAGACAACAACUUUCUGCAAUUCCAAAUCCAGAUCCUAAGUCAGUGUUGGCUGCCCAGAGUAGUCGUGGAAGCACAACCACCACCACCACCACCGCAGAUACGACCGAUUUUGCAACCAACGAGGAUUUGGUUCAAUUAGUAGGCGAAUUGCAAGGCCAAUUGACAAUUUUGGAAAAGAGAUCUAUCAAUAGAGUGACAAACUCGCAGUUAACUGAAGAUUUGGAUGCUGUAUUACCGAUGCCGAACGCAGAUGGUGCCCCAGCUACGGAUGCACUUCAUUAUCCGGCCACUUUGAAAGACUUCAAAGAGCUAUCCGCAGAUGCUCUAUUGGAUCUUUGCUCCUUCUAUGAGUUGUUGCCAGAGACUGCUGAAGAGGAGGCCAUAAUGAGAGCUUUCAUGACUGGAAAGAUCGAGUCUCCUAACGUUCCUCUCGGACAGUUCAAACCAAAGGCAGAGGACUAUUCUAAGGAGACCAUCAGUCAACUGUACGAGGAGCUACGUAAGUUUAUUGGAUUGGCAUACAAACAUAAUUGA